AUGCAAAAUGCUGUGCAUAACGGCACGAGCCUGACAAGACUAAGCCCGCUUGAUUGUUUAAAACAGUACUCGACUCCGUUUGGAGAUCGUUCAGACAUUGUUUUGAUCGCCCUAGACAUCAAUAAUACGAACAAUGCCAACAAUUUCGUGCUAGCUUGUGGGACACAGGGCGCUAUUGAGAUCGGUGUGCAUAAGGGUAACCAUCCUGGCGAGUGGAUGUGCAGACAGUCAAACACUUUCAGCUGCAAAAAGCUCGCAGCGCACGGGUACGAGAGCGAAGACCAAGAGAUUUCGGCCAUCUCCCACUGGAACGUGGCAUUUUCGAGCAGAUUGCAACGUUGCGUGGAAACGACCAGUGCCCAUGGAAUGGCGCCCUUCAAGACGGCGUUGGGCCUCGGCCGCAAGCCGGCGAAGAUGGUACUCAGCCCUGGUGAUGUGAGUGGCAAUGUUGACGAGACUGCCAUCUAUACUGAACAAGCUCGGCAGUGA